AUAAUAUAGAACUAAAGGCAGACUCCUCUCACAAGCGUCUUGCUUUGCUACCAUUAAAAUCAGCCCCUUUUUUGUCUCCCGCUUGCUGUCUCCCGACCAAACUCCGAUGUGUUCCGUUAUCAGCGACCUAAAGGCUGCCAUUCCAGCACCUGUCCUGCUAGGGAUCGGUGGAUAGCACACGAUUCAGAAAGCAGACAAGGACAUAGGAGGCGAGAGAGCUCUAGAGAGACAGCCAGGGAUAGGCACAGAGAGCUUUGAAGUAAUUGGAUUCAAUGGACGAAAUGCUGCUGUUGACAAGAAUUCUCUUGGUGGGCUUCAUCUGCGCUCUUUUAGUCUCCUCUGGGCUGACUUGUGGACCAGGCAGGGGCAUUGGAAAAAGGAGGCACCCCAAAAAGCUGACCCCUUUAGCCUAUAAGCAGUUUAUUCCCAAUGUGGCAGAGAAGACCCUAGGGGCCAGUGGAAGAUAUGAAGGGAAGAUCACAAGAAACUCCGAGAGAUUUAAAGAACUAACCCCAAAUUACAACCCUGACAUUAUUUUUAAGGAUGAAGAGAACACGGGAGCUGACAGACUGAUGACUCAGCGCUGCAAGGACAAGCUCAACGCGCUGGCCAUCUCGGUGAUGAACCAGUGGCCGGGGGUGAAGCUGCGGGUGACCGAGGGCUGGGACGAGGACGGCCACCACUCCGAGGAGUCGCUGCACUACGAGGGCCGGGCCGUGGACAUCACCACGUCGGACCGCGACCGCAGCAAGUACGGCAUGCUGGCCCGCCUCGCCGUCGAGGCCGGCUUCGACUGGGUCUACUACGAGUCCAAGGCCCACAUCCACUGCUCGGUGAAAGCAGAGAACUCGGUGGCGGCCAAGUCCGGGGGCUGCUUCCCCGGCUCGGCCACGGUGCACCUGGAGCAAGGCGGCACCAAGCUGGUGAAGGACCUGAGCCCCGGGGACCGCGUGCUGGCAGCCGAUGCGCAGGGCCGGCUGCUCUACAGCGACUUCCUCGCCUUCCUGGACCGCGAGGACGGCUCGCCCAAGCUCUUCUACGCCAUCGAGACGCGGCAGCCCCGGGCCCGGCUGCUGCUCACGGCCGCCCACCUGCUCUUCGUGGCCCCCCGGCACAACCAGUCGCAGGCGGAGGCGGCCCGGAGCCGGGCGCUCUUCGCCAGCCGCGUGCGGCCGGGCCAGCGGGUCUACGUGCUGGGCGAGGGCGGGCGGCGGCUGCUGCCGGCGGCCGUGCACCGCGUGUGGCUGCAGGAGGAGGCCUCGGGGGCCUACGCCCCGCUCACCGCACAGGGCACCAUCCUCAUCGACCGCGUGCUGGCCUCCUGCUACGCCGUCAUCGAGGAGCACGGCUGGGCGCACUGGGCCUUCGCCCCCUUCCGCCUGGCCCACGGGCUGCUGGCGGCGCUGGGCCCCGGCCUGCCCGCGCCCCCCGAGCCCGCCGCCGGCCUCCACUGGUACUCGCGCCUCCUCUACCGCCUGGGCAGCUGGGUGCUCGACAGUGACUCCCUGCACCCGCUGGGCAUGGCAGCGCCGGCCAGCUGAGAGGGACGCCCGCCCCGGGGCAGGAGAGGAGGAACGAAGCAGAAACGACGCGGAAACCCUAUUUUUGAAAACAGAGAGAGAGAGCGCGGAUUGAGACUUAAAGAUAAUAAUAAUAAAAUAACGAUAAUAAAGUAGGACAGUCCAAAGUAGACUUUAAGGGAGACAAAGACCCCGGGAAGUUCUGUGCUGUUUAGUUUAUAAAUAUAUAUAUAUUUUUAUUUGUUCUUUUGUUUUGUCGUUUUGUUCGUUGUUUUAUUAUUUUUUUUCCUCCUCUCCUGGAUAUUUAUUUCUUUGGUGUUUUGAAUAGAUGUUUUAAAUGAUAUGAACCGGACCUUCAAGAGCCUUAAAUAGUUUCUUUGAUAAUUUAUUAUCAUGUGAACUGUACUCACAGGGGAAAAAAAAAUUAUUUUGUGAGGCCGAGCAAAACUGCGCAGAGUCUAUUUUUCUACAUGUCACGUGUGUCCUGACUUUCAGAAAGCAAAUUCUGUACUUUCCCAUCUCUCCAUUCCAUCGCUCCUUCAUUUCAGCAAGCCUAAAAACCGAGCGAACAAGAAAGACAAACUUCAUGGGGGUCCGUAAAUUAUAUUUUUAUACACAGAAUUGUAAAUUAGAUUUUUUUGAGAGAUCAAUACUUAACUGAAUCACAUUUCGUUUUUUGAAAUAGUGUAAAAUAUGAGAAUAUAUUAUUUUAAUUUAAAUAGUUUCAAAUGUAACGUCAUUUCCUGUAUUGUUUUCCAUGUCUCUUAAAUAUUUUGCUUUGUAAAAACACCAUUUGGCCACGUUCAUGGAAGUCAAGACUGUUACACAAACUUUUUAUUUGCAAAAACCGCAAGAAACUUUGUUAUUUUUAACUUCAAAAAAUUUAUUAGAAAAUAAUAUUUUUUAAAAAGCGCACAUGGCGGCAAUUCUGUGACGAUGGAGAUGGUAGUUUGUACAGAGGGGAGAAAAGGAUGUUUUGCAUUAAUAAAUUGAGAAAUAACUGCUGUAAAUUUACUAAAAUGUAUUUUUGAAUAUUUUGUAAUAGUUUUAAUAGUUUUAUAGAAAUAAAAUGUGCCAUGCACAGUCUGGUUAGUAUAUAAUAACUAAGAGUUCCUGGUGCAUCCCAUUUUUUUCUUUUCUUUUUUUUUUUUUUUUUUUUGCUUAUUGGUUUAGGAAACAGAAUAUCUAAAGGAGUGCCCGUAAUUUUCUUUAGAUGUGUUGCUUUAUGACUUUUAAUUUUGAUACUUUCAGUGAGUAAGUGAAGACACCGCGUCCACUUUUAACCUUAACUCUGUUGUACUAACAGUAGAACCUCACUUGUUUGCACUAACAACCGGGAGAUGCGUUUUCCACCCCCAGGGCUCGGACCCGGCCUCGCCGUCCUUGCUCAGGCGCUGCGCCCAGUUUCAGCUCCGGCUUCUGUGCUCACCGCAAGGUCCCUGCCAGCGGCCGCAGGAGUCUCCUCGUUGGUUCCCACGAGCCCGAGAUCCAGUUUGCCCUUCGGAGCAGACCGUGCCAACAGCUGCACUUCUGUUGCGGCGUCUCGGUGAUUUCAAUUAGCUUCUGGUGAUGCAAAUCUGGCGAAAUGACACCGAAUUUGGCGAAUUCGCACCGCUGGCGCUAGAAGGAAAGUCCAGCGGCUGGAUUUCGCUGGCCGUCUUGCCUGAGUAAAGAUGCAAAGUUUGGGGCCUUUUUGGAAUCAGCGAAGAAAAGAGCGAAACAACCUUUACAAAAAAAAAAAAAAAAAAACAUAAAAAAGCAUAGUGCUUUGCCAAAAAGGGCAACAAAGUUUGUUCAUGUGAUCUGAGAGAUCUUGCUUAGUUGUAAUGCACCAGAAUCCAUCCUGAGACACCGAUUAAUUCAUGUUUUGGAGAUGUGUUUUGGAAGUCCUGGUUGGCUCUGUGGCCUCCUGGCCGAACCAGGCUUGGAAACCCCAGUGGAGGACCCAGGGGCAUGAGGUCCCAUGUGCCGGGUCUGGCCGCGUCUGCCAGUUGCGGGUGCCCAUCAGUGAGGUUCUGCUGUGCUCUGUGAAACUCCCCCUCCUCUGCCCCCAAGGGGCUUUUUCCCUUCUUUUUAAAAAAAGUUUGCAAAACAUUGUGCGCGCGUGUCUCAGACAGGACCGUGAUGGAAGGGAGCUUUCCUUGAAUGUCUUCUCACGUUCUCUUUGGCCUCCACCGCCCGCCCGUUUAGGAUGCUUGCCCCUCGGCUCCACGGCUCGGCUGCGCCGGGAGGUGGCUCCGUGGCGCCCAGGCUGCCCACUGCGACGUCUCGCCACUGGGCCGUGGCCCGCGGGCUGCCACCGGCUCCACGGAGGGCCCGGCGUGACCUUCCCUCCUCAAAGCCUGGGAGCUGCUGGAGCGGUGCUAGGAGACCACUGCCCUGAUCGCAUGUGCAUCCGUGCAAAACUCCAAUGGAUGGAGCAGCCUCGCGAAGGGAUGGCCCAUGGGGCCGUGUGCGUAGGGUUGCGCGCAAAUGCGGUGGGGAUUGUAAACGUCCACAGUGCCGAAAGUGGAUGUUUCAUGGGCAUGUAAAAAUGUGAUCUCUGAACCAAUGUGUCUCCGUGUUUUUAAGAGUUUGUCCUUCAUAUGGCGAUGUCUGGGCAUCUAAGCUCUCUUACCCGUGUCUCUGAACAGCAGUUGGUGUUUUAUGAGGCCUUUAGUGUCAGAAAAUGACAAUGUCAAAGCUUAUCUCCUUCAGAGUCCAUGUGGUGGAAGUGUUUAGAGGUGUCAGCAAUUGAACUUAAGACCUUGUUUUGGGGGGGCCUCAAUCUAAACUGUAAUUGAGAUGAGAAAGAGCUAUUAGAUCAGAGCCCACGCUCUUGAAAGGCAGGAUGUAUUCGCAAUAGAGAACCCAACCUAUCAGGCAUUGCUGCAUUUAUCGUAACCCAAAGGCCAAGACGAGCUCAGAGCUUUGCAGCGUGAGAGGAGCUAAGAUGCUGCCUUAUAUUAGCACCAACCUGUUUCGCCAAGUAAAGAAAUGCUGUGCUGUGUUUCUCAUUGCACGUGUUUCUAAUGACUAUAUGCCUCCCUCUCACCAUGUAUCUAUGACAUCUCUUGCUGAUACCGUCAGCGUGUCACGUCUGGACCACCCCUGCAUCGUAGGCGUUAGAAGUGCUUUGUUAGCUGGACCAAUACAACCUAUAGCUACAGCUCUCCUAUGAAGGAUCUACUGUCAUAACCUUGUGCAAGAAGUCUAGGCAAUGUCACAGUCCAUUUUCAGGGUCCAAGUAUGGCAAUAGUUUGUAUAAAAUGUACACAUAGUGGUGGCUACAGAAUAGUUUAUGACUAAAUACAUAUCUAUUACUGUUAAAAUAAUGUAUAAGAAUGUACUUGAAGCUAUUAUCCUUGUGCUCUGUUGUCUGAAUAAUUAAAGAAAUUACAGAGA